AUUUGAAGGUUGCUAUUUUAAGGACUGUAGAUAUGCGUCGGUCUCAUAUCGCCUAUUUCUUUGUAGUCAUUUGGAUUGCACUCAUCUUAAAGGGAGGAUAUUGUUACCUCGAUGGUACCUGCAGUGGAGCUGGAGGUACAUGUAUUGGUGAACCUAAUGCCGAUACAUGUUCUAAUCAAACUCCACCUGAGUGCAUUUGCAACAUAAAUUAUCACCCUGACGUAACUGCAACGAAUUGUGAACGCAAAGAAUGUUUCAGUGAUAAUCCUUCCAUUGAAUGUGGAGAAAAUACCGUUUGCGCCGUAAACAACAAAUGUAGCUGCGUUGCAAAUUACGUAGAAUCCGGAUUAGCAUGUGUGCAAAGGUCAUGUCAAACUAAUCAAAACUGCACAAGUUUCGACCCAAAUUCAUAUUGUGAAGAUAACUUAUGUGUUUGCAAAAAGAAUUUCGGCGGUUCCAACUCUACGGAAUGUUUGAGAAAUAUGUGUUUCAUGACUGAAGACUGUACGGAAAAUAAUUCGUACUGCAUUCAUAUGAAUUCUACAAAGCAAUGUCAAUGUGGAAAUUUGGCUGAGACUAACAUAAGUACCGGUGCCUGCAUGCCCAAGACGUGCACUUUUAUGACUGCCUCCUCAAUCUGUGGUGCCAAUUCGUACUGUUUGACUGGCUCUUCGAUCUGUGCAUGUCCCAUCAAUUUCGAACAAGGGAAAGCCUCAUGCGUUCCAAAAUCUUGUACAGAAGAUGAUAUCUCAAAAUGUGAUCCAAAUUCGGAGUGCCAAAACGGAAUGUGUGCAUGUGGAGUUGGGUUUAUUGCAUCUGAGAAUGAAUGCGUCGAUAUUGAUGAGUGCGUAAUAGGAUGGCAUACAUGCCAUGACGAUAGCAUCUGCACGAACACCAUUGGAAGUUUUACUUGCGAAUGUAUAUCUGGCUACGUUGGCGACGGCAUAACAUGUGAAGCUAUCAACUGCGGUCAUAUUGAUAUUAUAUAUGUCGUUGAUACAUCACAUUCAAAUGGAAAAUACAACAUUACGAAAAUAAAGAACGCUGCAUUGCCCAUGGCUCUUCAGACUCCAAGGAUUCUUGCAUCAAGAUUCCGCACAAAUACCCGAUAUUACGCAAUGGAUUAUUUUCAGCAAAUAACCCAGUCAAUUCAAAUGACAAUCAAAAGCCCAACGGCUGUUGGAAUCGGGGAAUAUUCUUCUUUUAUAUCACAAUCUACUACUGGUGAAACACAAAAUGGAAACAUCAUAGGAAUUUAUGAAGUCGAAGGCGUGAAAGCUUUAUUGAAGGCUGCAGACUAUCUCAUAGUAGGAAUAAAGAAAAGAAUGCUAGAAGGAAAUACAAUAUCGAGAGGGAAAUCUCUUUGCCAUCCCGAUGCAACUUGUACUAUAAACAAGGAUAUAAUGAAAUGUGAUUGUAAAUCUGGAUUCAUAGGAGAUGGUUUUGACUGUACAGAAAAUGUAUGGGAAUCGUGGGGAAAGUGGUCUUCGUGCUCCAGCUCCUGCAGUCCAGGUAUUCAAGUGCGGGAGAAAAUCCCUCUGAAGAAUGUAACCGCACCCACUAAAUCUUUGAAUGAGACAAAGUCAUGCAAUUUGGAUCUAUGCAAUAAAUACUCACCAGACAAACUAUCCUGCCUUGGCCAAGGAAGAAUACCAGCGCCGUGCAAACUUAGAGCAAUUAUUGAAAACAAAAGCAAUACGAACUUUCUUCUAGGGUCUACUGAAGAAAUAUACGAAUAUCAGGAUAAAAAAAUGAAAGUCAUUAAAUUCAAGUCGAAAGGAAUGAAUCUAAAAUUUGUGAACAUAGAGAAGAAAAGAGAAAAUUGAUCCGAUGAAUAUGUAAUUGAAACCGAAGAAUAACGUGGCGCUUUUAUCCUCCUGAAAUACCCGUAAAAUAUUAUCAUAAUAAAAGAUAAUUAUAUGAGUCUUUUUUACUGCAUUGCAUGUGUACAAGACAAAAUUCUUUCGUUCGGCAGAUAACUCAUAAUUUAAGCAUUUUUGUUCUAUAGACAUUUAUAUCGUUGAAAUAUCUUCGUCGAGAUUUUUCAUAACUUCUUUUUUGUUUCAAAAUAACGGACUGGGUUCGACCCAGUUAUUAUUUUUUGUUUCUAUUCUAAAUAUAGUCAUAUUGGCUUUUUUAUAAGAAUUCUCACAAUAUUUCACCUUGUUUCAGGUAAUCUCACUUCACAUAAUUCUUCACACAAAUAAUAUUAAACACAUUGGUCAAUUAGUUCACUAUCACUGCCUUAUAUAACACGGCCAUCAAGUAUUUUCUUUAAUAUUGGAAUAUUAGGACGAUUCACAACAAUGUAUUGUCAGAUGUCUAAGAACAAUCCAAAGCAGCCAAGAAAUCAUAUUUGUCUCUCAUAUGUAAAAUACCACGUCACAAUAAAUUCUAUUUUUCAUUAAAUUCAGUUUCCGUUCUGCAUAAAGUGAUUUUAACUUGAAAUAAUUAAAGAAAUUAUUAAAACAUAAAUGCAAGGUAAUAAAAUGCAUGUUUCAUUGUUUGUUUUAUUGAUGAUCAUAUUUUAAUACAAGGUUUACU